AGGAUGGCCAGGAUGGCGAGGAUUGUGUUCAAGCUCAUCCCGACUGCACAAUGCUCCCAGAAGACGGAAGCAGUCCUGCCAUGAUAACAACAUUUAAUGACAUUAACAAACUGCCGUUUUUUAUAAGUAUACAAGGCAUUUGAGAUAUUGCCAUAAAAACGGUGCGCAUUUGUGAAAUCAUCACACAAGAUCUAAAUCACAGGAUAAAGAAUAUUUGUUUGUGGACCGUCAUUUAAAAUGCAAACUGUUUUGCAAGAAAAUGACUGAAUAUAUAAAUUUUUGGCAGAACUAAUGAAUACACACAUUGGAUAAACAUGAUCUUCAAAACCAACGAAUAUUAAAUAUAAAUUGAAAGACACGAAGAUUCAUCAACACUUCAUGUUCACUCCGUUCUUCGGCAUAUGGCACCCACAUUAAGCAAACCAGAUGAUCGAGAGUUCGUCCAGCUCUGGGUAGCAAAGUUAUUCCGGCCUGAAUACAACACGAAAAGAUUUCGUGACAAACGUAAUAAAUAUUUGUAUUUUCUCAUUAUGACACUCAUGAACGACGAAUUGAUAGGUAUAUUUGCUGGACCGCCUCCCUUGGCUUCGAUUCCAGAAGUUCAGCGUUUGAGCCACAAGAAAAUCCUUCCAGCUAUGUGGGAGAAGGAAACCUUUUACUGCGAUCUAAUAGAAGAGACUGGCGUGCGUCAUACCAUGAAGUGCGCUAUUCACGGCGAACGACGUUGUCCUAUGAUUGGUGCCAGCAUCAGCGAGCCUUUGAGAAAGGCGCAGGAUCGUCAAUUCCUCAUGAUGCUCCACUGGGCCAGGCCACUUGCUUCGCUCUUAAAGCGGUUUUCAGAUAAAAAGCUAGCGGGCAUGUGGAUCAAGCACCUUUGCUCGCUUCCUAGAUCAGCAUGCAAUUUUCUCAGAGGAAUUCGAAAUGAUUACAUGAUGUGUCUUAUGGGUUACCUUACCCACCAAGAAUUGCAUGGACCCUUUUUGGAUUAUCCGGUUGCCGGUGAAUUGGUACCUUUAGCCGAAGCAGCAAAAAUUGCAGCAGCUGAGCAUGAGCUCAUGGACCCCUAUGGCGUUGAGACCAAUUCGUUCUUAAGCCGGGCGCCUAAAAUUCCGAGGGGGACGCCAGGUGCUUUUGCUUUUGUAGCGAUUACAGGAGAUGGCUUGACUGACAUAUGUGGUCGCAAAUAA